GGGCGGGCUCGGGUGUCAGAGACCGAGCCGCAGGUGGCGGCGGGCGCGGGGCUCGGCCAGAGCUCCGGAGCUCUGGUCUGCAGACCCCUGAGGACCGAGAUGGAAGAACCCCCUUCCCUUUUUCUCCACUGUGAACCCUGAUAGGCCUGGAGGAGGAAGCUGGGGGCCCCCGGGCCCCUCCUGUAGACUGCUCUAUCCAAGUCUCCUACCGCAAGGAUGAGGCCUCUGCUUGGUUGGUGCUGACGGAAGCGGCAGGAGCCGCGUGGCCAUCUCCUGGUGCCCACCGUGUCUGUCAGGGGCCCCAGCCCCACUCGCUGCCCUAUCCGAUGGGGAAACUGAGGCACAGAGCUGGCUAGUGACUGAGACACCAGGUGACCACUGGCUUCUGGGAGUCAGGGUUGGGACUCAUGGGGACACCACUGCCAACUGGGUCAUCGUGGUGAGGGGAGCUGCCCAGCGUGGAGCUGAGUGCUUAGGUCUUGAUUCAGCUGGCCCAGGGUGCAAAUCUACUGUCAUUUCCUGGCUCUGUGACCUUGGCACUAAACAGGAGCCUGCAGGGGUCUCCACAGAGGGCAUCAGGAUGUCGUAUUUUGGGGAACAUUUUUGGGGUGAGAAGAACCACGGCUUCGAGGUUCUGUACCACGGCGUGAAGCAAGGGCCCAUCUCCACCAAGGAGCUGGCCGACUUCAUCCGGGAGAGGGCCACCAUCGAGGAGACCUACUCAAAGGCGAUGGCGAAACUUUCCAAGCUGGCCAGCAAUGGGACCCCCGUGGGGACCUUCGCCCCGCUCUGGGAGGUCUUCCGCGUCUCCUCAGACAAGCUGGCGCUCUGCCACCUGGAGCUAACACGAAAGCUGCAGGACCUCAUCAAGGACGUGCUCCGCUACGGCGAGGAGCAGCUCAAGAUGCACAAAAAGUGUAAAGAGGAAGCCGUGGGCACCCUGGACGCUGUGCAGGUCCUCGCAGGUGUCAGCCAGCUCCUGCCCAAGUCCCGCGAGAACUACCUGAACCGCUGCAUGGACCAGGAGCGGCUGCGGAGGGAGAGCACCAGCCAGAAGGAGAUGGACAAGGCAGAGACGAAGACAAAGAAGGCGGCAGAGAACCUGCGUCGCUUGGUGGAGAAGUACAACUCAGCCCGCGCUGACUUUGAGCAGAAGAUGCUGGACUCAGCUCUGCGCUUCCAAGCCAUGGAGGAGAGCCACCUGCGGCACAUGAAGGCACUGCUAGGCUCCUAUGCCCACUCGGUGGAAGACACCCAUGUGCAGAUUGGGCAGGUACAUGAGGAGUUUAAGCAGAACAUAGAGAACGUCAGCGUGGAGAUGCUCCUGAGAAAGUUUGCAGAGAGCAAGGGCACAGGCCGGGAGAAGCCUGGGCCUUUGGACUUUGAGGCGUACAGUGCGGCUGCCCUGCAGGAAGCAAUGAAACGUUUGCGGGGAGCCAAGGCCUUUCGCCUCCCGGGACUGAGCCGGCGGGAGCGGGAGCCACCUGCAGCUGUAGAUUCCCUGGAGCCCGAUUCAGGGACGUGUCCAGAGGUGGAUGAAGAAGGUUUCACUGUCCGGCCUGAUGCAACCCAGAACAGCACGGCGGAGCCCUCCCGCUUUUCCUCCAGUGACUCGGACUUCGAUGAUGAGGAGCCCCGCAAGUUCUAUGUGCAUAUCAAGCCUGCCCCUGCCCGGGCCCCCGCCUGCAGCCCCGAGGUGGCUGCUGCCCAACUCAGGGCCACAGCUGGCAGCCUCAUCCUUCCUCCUGCCCCAGGGGGCACCAUGAAACGCCAUUCUGCACGGGACGCUGCUGGGAAACCACAGAGGCCUCGAUCUGCCCCAAGAGCCAGCAGCUGUGCAGAGAAGCUGCAGUCAGAUGAGCAGUUCUCCAAGACCCUCUUCGGGCCGCCCCUAGAGUCGGCCUUUGACCACGAAGACUUUACAGGCUCCAGCAGCCUCGGCUUCACCUCCAGCCCCUCACCUUUCUCCUCCUCGUCGCCCGAGAAUGUGGAGGACUCCGGCCUGGACUCGCCAUCCCACGUGGCGCCUGGCCCCUCCCCGGAUUCCUGGGUCCCCCGCCCGGGCACCCCACAGAGCCCACCUAGCUAUAGGGCGCCGGCCUCCGAGUCGAGGGGGACACGGCCCCUGCCAGCGUCGGACUCGCCACAGCCCCUCGCCCCAUCCCCGGGUCCCUGGGGGCUGGAGGCUGUGGCUGGAGGAGACCCGAUGCCCGGGCCUGCUGACCCUGCAGCCAGAGACGGCCUGGCAGCGCCCCCCCGGAGAGCCCGCACCAGGAAGGUGUCCUGCCCCCUCGCGCGCAGCAACGGCGACCUGUCCCGGUCUCUGAGUCCCUCCCCGCUGGGCUCCUCCACCGCCAGCACCCUUUCGGACCGGCCCGGCUUCCCAUCACAGACGGCACAUGGAGUCUCCCGGGGACCCAGCCCUGUGGUCCUGGGCUCCCAGGAUGCCCUGCCUGUAGCUACCGCCUUCACCGAAUAUGUCCACGCCUACUUUCGAGGCCACAGCCCCAGCUGCCUGGCUCGAGUAACUGGGGAGCUGACCAUGACCUUCCCGGCUGGCAUCGUGCGUGUGUUCAGUGGGACCCCGCCCCCACCUGUCCUCAGCUUCCGCCUCGUGCACACGUCCGCCAUUGAGCACUUCCAGCCCAAUGCCGACCUGCUCUUCAGUGACCCCUCCCAGAGCGACCCUGAGACCAAAGACUUCUGGCUCAACAUGGCGGCUCUGACCGAGGCCCUGCAGCGCCAGGCAGAGCAGAAUCCGGCCGCCUCCUACUACAAUCUAGUGCUGCUGCGGUACCAGUUCUCCCGCCCGGGUCCCCAGUCUGUGCCCCUACAGCUGAGCGCCCACUGGCGGUGCGGGGCGACCCUCACUCAGGUCUCGGUGGAAUACAGCUACCGGCCCGGCGCCACGGCUGUGCCCACACCACUCACCGACGUCCAGAUCCUACUGCCUGUGGGGGAGCCUGUGACCAACAUCCGCCCACAGCCCGCCGCCACCUGGAAUCUGGAGGAGAAGCGCCUCCUUUGGAAGCUGCCAGAUGUGUCUGAAGCAGGGGGCUCUGGCCACCUAUCUGCCAGCUGGGAGCCAUGCUCAGGCUCCAGCACACCCAGCCCUGUGGCUGCUCAGUUCACCAGUGAGGGGACCACUCUGUCGGGCGUGGACCUGGAGUUGGUGGGCAGUGGCUACCGCAUGUCGCUUAUAAAAAGGAGGUUUGCCACAGGGAUGUACCUGGUGAGCUGCUGAGCCUGCAGAGGCCCCCAGCUCUGCACUGUGUCCUGGUGCUCGCUGACUGAUCCCUGCCUUCCUGCCGGACCCUGGGAUCCCACCCUGGCCUCCCUCGGGGCCCCGCUCCGUGGAGAGGAGCCCCACACCCAGCCUGGCUGAGCCGGAGAUUCCCUUUUGCUCAAGCCAAUUCCCAUGCAGGUCCUUGGACUUUUAAUGUUCUUUGAAUAAACUUUAUUUUCUAAUAAAAUAAAUAAGCCUUU